AUGGAGGGCCAGGGGCUUCUAACCUUCUUCACGGAGAUGGAGAGUCAGGGAGGCACAAUCGUCAGAGAAACCCCCAAGCUGGACCUGGAGUUAUACAUUGCCAACUAUGGAGAUCGUUCACGGUUCGACAGGCUCCUGCUCAUCGGUCGAUCAUCGGUACCUUUAUGCAUCGAAGCCCUGAAAGGCGCAAUUGCCGAGGCGAAGAAGGGUACCGACAUUCAGCGAUAUCGUGACGCUUGGGAGUGCAUCCGGAUUGCAGCGCCUGGUGAGCCUGAGGCCACAUGGGAUGAGGCCUGGGUAACCAGUACCCAAAAGAGCAAUGCUGCUGAGACACACCGGCUAGAGACCGAGCUCAAGGGUUACAAGAAUAACCUUGUGAAAGAGAGCAUCCGGAUUGGCCAUCGAGACCUUGGGGAGCACCUGGAGAGAAUCGGAGAGCUUAAUGCGGCAGCCGACACGUACCUCAAGAUGCGACCAGAGGCGAGCACACAGUAUCACAUCACAGAUCUUGGCAAGCACAUCAUAAGUGUCAUGAUGCAGAAGCGAGAUUGGUCCAGUGUAUUGUCGAACAUCACCAAGAUUGUGGCUUCGAACUUGAGCGACGAGGACUCCAAGAACCUCCAACCCUACACCAAAAUGGUGACCGGGCUUGCUCAGCUGGGAUGCGAUCGAUACUACGAGGCAGCAAGGUCAUUUCUCGAGGUCGGAGAGCCUAGCAUAUGCCAGCAAUACAACGACAUCGCAAGCCCAAACGAUGUCGCCGUCUACGGAGGACUUCUUGCGCUCGCCUCCAUGGACAGGCAGGAAUUACAAGACCGUGUGCUUGACAACUCCGGAUUCCGCAACUAUCUCGAGCUCGAGCCGCAUAUUAGGAAGGCGGUCUCCAUGUUCGUCAACGGACGGUACUCGGCGUGUCUGGCGAUGCUUGAGGCGUUUCGCACAGACUAUCUACUCGACAUCUACCUCCAAAAGCACGUCAAUGCCAUCUACUCGAUGAUUCGCAGCAAGUGCAUUGUGCAAUAUUUCUUGCCAUUCUCUUGCGUCACCCUAGAGAGCUUGCAUGCAGCCUUCGCCAGGCCUGGUGAGUCACUUGAGAAAGAGCUUGUCACCAUGAUCAGGAGUGGAACUCUGAAAGCUCGGAUCAAUACGAUCGACAAGCUACUGGUCGCAGUCUCGACGAAUUCAAGGGUGGCAAUGCAGAACAAGGCCCUCGAGACAGCGCGCAACUACGAGAAGGAGGCAGUUGACAGGAUCCGCCGGAUAAGUCUGGCAGCAGCAGACCUCGAGGUCAAAGGCACGUCGCGGAAAGCUCCGGGCUCGAACAGGGCCGAGACAAGCAAUGUCGAGCAAUGGUUGGACGACUCCCGCCGGCCAAAUGCUCAUGUAGACGACUCUCUCAUGUGA